AUGGAGGCGCUCCUCAAGUGGGCGGCCGAGCUGGGCGUCUCCGACUCGCCGUCGCCGUCGCCGUCGCCCCCGCCCCUAUCCUCCUCCCCCUCUGGAACCACCGCCUCCUCUUCGCCGUCCUCCUGCCUCGGCCGCUCCCUCGUCGUCGCCGACUUCCCCGACGCCGGCGGGAGGGGCCUCGCGGCGGCGCGCGACCUGCGGCGCGGCGAGCUGGUGUUACGCGCGCCCCGCGCCGCGCUGCUCACAAGCGACCGCGUCACGGCAGACGACCCCAGGAUCGCCGCCUGCGUCAACGCCCACAGGCCCCGCCUCUCCUCCGUGCAGAUACUCAUAGUGUGCUUAUUGGCUGAAGUGGGGAAAGGGAGGAAUUCUGUUUGGUACCCCUAUCUGUCUCAGCUACCCAGCUACUACACUAUCUUGGCUACCUUCAACGAUUUUGAAGUCGAAGCUCUCCAAGUUGAUGAUGCUAUUUGGGUUGCACAAAAGGCUAAAAGUGCCAUAAAAUCAGACUGGGAAAAUGCGACACCACUAAUGAAAGAAUUGAAAUUUAAACCUAAGCUUUUGAUGUUUAAAUCCUGGCUCUGGGCAUUUGCAACGGUGUCUUCUCGCACAUUACAUAUUGCAUGGGAUGAAGCUGGCUGCUUAUGCCCUGUGGGUGAUUUGUUCAAUUAUGCUGUUCCUGAUGAUGAUACUUUAUUGGAGGAAGAGGAUACAGCUGAACUUACGAAUUGCCAGCAGAAGAAUGAGAUGAACAAUUCAUCUGAGAGAUUAACAGAUGGUGGAUAUGAAAAUUCUAAUGCAUACUGUUUGUAUGCAAGAAAAAAAUAUAAAAAGGGAGAGCAGGUCCUCCUUGGUUAUGGAACAUACACAAACCUGGAACUUCUUGAACACUAUGGCUUUCUUUUGGGUGAGAACCCUAACGAGAAAACUUUCAUUGAGUUAGAUUUGGAUAUUUGCUCAGUUGGAACUUGGCCAAAAGAUUUGAUGUAUAUUCAUCCAAAUGGACACCCCUCAUUUGCAUUGUUAUGUGCAUUAAGGCUAUGGUCAACUCCCGCAAACCGUAGAAAGGCUGUCAGUCAUCAGAUUUACUCUGGAUCAAUGCUUUCGACUGAAAACGAGAUGGGGAUUCUGAAAUGGUUAAUCAGCAAAUGUGAAGAUACUUUGCAACAAUUGCCUACGACAGUAGAAUUUGAUGAAAGUCUGCUUGUCUUUUUACGCACAAUACAGAACAGUAGCAACUGCAGAACAGAUGUGAAGCGGUCAGGUUUUGAGCAGGAGUUUGCUGUGUUCCUCCGGGUCCAUCAAGUGGAGCUGGAUUGUUCUGGUAACAACCAACUCCCUGCUCGACUUCACAGAUCUCUGGAAAGAUGGGAACUAGCUGUCCAGUGGAGAUGUAACUACAAGAAGAUUCUGAAGAAAUGUGUUUCGUACUGUGAAAGUUUAGUUCACGAGCUUCCCUGCAACUAA